AUGAAUGAUGUGGCGCAACUGUCGCGCGGCGCCGCGGCGCCACGCCGCGCCUUGGAGCGCUUGGACCAGCUGGUGCAGGGUGAUGCAGGGUACGAGCUGCCAGGUGGGCCUCCGCUGCCAGCGAGGGAUCGCAUUUGCUUGCUGGAUAUGAAUGCCGAAGAAGCCUUGCAGCCAGACGACGUGGCGAAGUUUGACGCCUUUGUCUUUGGCGGCAUCUUGGGCAAUGUUAUCGAGAAGGAGGAUGGCAGCUAUGGUAGUGAUGACCGAACCUCCGAGAUACGUGGAUAUUUCAAGCAUCGGAGGCACCUGGGACCGUGGCAAAUGACCACCGACACUGCAGUGCUGUACACGCAGAAGGUCCUGGAGUACGCCUGUCCGCUGGCCGAGAUUCCUGGCAUUGAGAGUCCAGAGUUUGAGCGUCCCAAAGAAAAGGACGGAAGACGAGGAGAUGAUGCCUGUGAUUCUGUGUGCAUGGAGGGCUUUCGCUAUAUGGCCCGGCGCGGCGCGGGUGGAGAGUGGGAGCCCACUCUGCCAGAGGGGAUGAAAGAGUUGCUGCUGGCCGAUGCUGACAAUGACAUCCUCAGCUCGCUCGCAUGA